AUGAGUGCUCCGUUCUACAGCUAUGAUCCUUGCGUGUGCACGGGGCAGCCGUGCGGUGCAUGCUACCCCUACACCACGAAGCCUUGCGCUGCGUCGUGUAACGACCUGAGGCCGUGCUCGGUGUGUCCAGGGGGUGGGUGCUCGCCGUGCCCGGCUCCAGUGCGGCCCUGCCCCACCCCCUGUCCACCAUGCCCGGUCCUUCCGUGUCUGCCACCUUGUCCACCAUGCGAUAAGCCUAUGACGCCGGUGCCAAAGCCUGUGCCUCUUUGUGAGACAGUAGCGAUUCCGUGCUGUCGGCCAAACCGGUGCAAGCCGUGUCCUUGCUACUGCUGCACCGAGCCCGGGAUAUGCUGCCCCAAGAGGUGCAGCUAUCCAGGAGUGCCUGUUUGCGGCUGUGGCUGCUGUGGACCAUGCAUGCCCGUUUGGUAGUGGAGUACUAAAAAAAAAUAUUUUGUUCUGUGUGUGUGUCUUUAUAAUACAGUUAUGUUUUUGGAAUACUUGCCAA